CUACUUUGCAUUUGUCUCUGAGGCCCAGCAGUGCACGGUAUUCAUGCAGUUCAUAUUAACUGUGUAAAGAGGAAGGAAGACCUUGAACACAUUUGUUCGAGUUAUUAUCUUAAACUGCAGGCAAAGACGUUUCCACAGACUUUUUCUGUCACACCAGCUACCUCCUCUACAGUCAAAGCCCUGGGAGAAACAAACUAUGAAUCUGAGAACAGCUGCAAGAGGCUUUGUAGCUUUCCUUCUGUCAGUACCAGCAUUACAGGGUUACCCUUACUGGGCAGUUACUUACCCAUCUAGUAAUAUCUGCGCUUUGAGCGGAUCAACGGUUGACAUCAUAUGCAACUAUAAAUACCCUAAAGGACAUGCAGUGGAGAAAAAACUGUGGUUUACUAAUAUAAACCAUGAACCAUUUGAUCUGAAAGACGAUACAGACUAUGGGGGUCGUGUUGAAUACAUCUGUGGAGAGCCCAAGUGUUGGUCUUACAUCUGUACUGGAACGUGUACACUGAGAAUCAAAGACGUGACACAGAGAGACUCUGCUUAUUACAAGUUUAGGAUUACAACAAACCAAGUAGGCGGGGCAUAUAGUGGUUACCCUGGAGUGAAGUUAUCUGUAACAGAUUUCCAGGUGGAAGUGGUCAUUCAUUCUAGGUAUCAUGACAGGGUACAGCUGAAAUGUCACAGCAUGUGUGAUUUUCCUGGUCUUACGUACACCUGGUACAGGAAUGGAUAUCAACAACAUCAUGGAAUGUACUACAUUGUGUACUACAUUACCUCUGAAUACAGGGUUUCAUGUGCUGUUAAAGGAUCCGCACAUCUCCACUCUCCAUCAGUGUACGCUCCAGAGACCCCCUCAGUGGGAUGGACUCCCCCUGGUGUAAUAGAGGAGGGCAGUUCAGUGAAUCUGACCUGCACCAGCGAGGCCAACCCAGCAGCAAAGUACACCUGGUCCAAGGUUACUACAGGUCAUCCCCCCGGACACAGUGUCCAAGGACAACAGCUUUCCUUUAAUACCAUCCAGUCUUCAGACUCUGGACAAUAUCUCUGUCAAGCUGAGAAUGACCUUGGAACAAAAUCAUCCCCCAUCUCUAUUGAUGUGAAAUACGCUCCAAAGACCCCCUCAGUGAGCGUGAGACCCCCUGGUGAAAUAAAGGAGGGAGGUUCAGUGACUCUGAGCUGCAGCAGUGAUGCCAACCCAGCAGCUGACUACACCUGGUUCAGGGAACAUGGAGGCUCAGUGGAGGAAUUAGGAGAGAACUACACCAUCAGUAACAUCACAACUGAGCUUGGAGGAAAUUAUUACUGUGAAGCUCGUAAUGCAGUUGGACUUCAGAAUUCAACUUUGAUGUUCCUUAAUGUGACAGCCACACCACCAUCUCCAUCAUCACCAUCAUCAAUGUCUACAACUGUGGCAGCAGGAACUGUAGCUGUUUUACUGGCCACCAUGCUCCUCGUCAUCUUCCUAUUGAUGAGAAGAAAGAGGGCUUCUAGGAAAGCGCGUGGCCAGGGAGGAAGGCCAGAUACCAGGGAGGAGUCUCCGUGUCCUGUGUAUUACAACGUCUCAGCUCUGACCAAUCGCUCGGCUUCUGCAGCACAAAGAGAACCAAUAGAAGAGCAGGAUGACCCUCACUAUGCCAGCAUCCACAUCUCUCGCUCUAAGAACCAGGAAGUGCCUCAUGGGUUUGCUGGUGCUCUGGUAGAGUCUGAUCAUACAGAGCAGGUCCUUUACUCUGCCAUCAACCUUAAAAGACCCAAGGCUGUCCCUGAGUAAGCACUCUUGAUAGUUCUCGAAGAUAAACUUUGAGGCUUGAGGCUUCAUCCUCCCAAGGGACAGCUUGUGGAGGAAAAGCCAUUUAUAAACAUGUACAAUUUACUGAGUUUCUUAACUUCUCUUUCUCGUUUUCACUUCUUCUUUUCAUUUAAAGUAAACUGAUGUCAGAUACCACCAUCAAAUAAACAGCCCAGUUUUGAUAUAGAUUCAGCAUUAAAUGGGUUUUAAUAACAUUUCUAGCAAUAAAUGUGUAUUUUAUUGUCAUCAUCUUCGUUCAUUGAUUGUAUAUAUCGUUUAGUUUGUUAGUUACUAAUAAUAUUUUUCUUGCCGGAAAAAAACGCUUUCUAUCAUUGCUUUGUUGGUCGAUAUGGGUGCUGCUAUCACAAAAAAUAUAUAUCAAAUGUAUACAUUU